UACAAAGCGCAGUUAUUCUGAGUACCAGACUGAACUGGUCUGCAGGGUGAAACCUUCCACAGAGGUUGGCAUUAACAUGCAGCAAAAGUUGUGCACAGGCAACACAACGCUAUUUGUGGAGAAUGGCAUGGCUUGUGGCACAGGGGAACCACCAUUACCAUUCAGAUGCCCCCGUUGUGGCGAACAUGAACGCUUUCACAGCCUGGCUGCAUUGAGGGCCCAUCUGGAGUUUGGCCAUACAUACCAACCAAGACACAAUCUCAGUCUCCCAGCCAGCAAGGGGUACUCAAGCUCUCACAACAAAAGGGCCACCCCUGAGACCAAGACAAAAAAAGACGCCGGCACUGACACUAAUUCACAUGACUUUUCAUUCAGCCCUGAUGCCCCUCAAAAUGCAGACACAUGCCCAGAGCCAUUAGUGUCCCCAGGUAAGUGUGUAGCUGGAGUGGAGGUCCCCACUGGUACUGAGCUCCUCUCUGCUCCACUGCCAUCGGUUGGGCAGAGGCUGGAGGGUAUGAUGAGGAUGGCCAGUAGCAGCAUGGAGAGGCGGCUGCUCCGGCUCAGCUCUGAGCUUGCCCAGACAGAUACAGCGCUUAUUUGUGAACGUGCUCACUCGCACCACCUGGCCCAGGAGCGGCAGGAAGUGCUGGAACGGGAGCAGGCUCUCAGCAGGCAGGUUAAUGCUGCCGUCAUGGUCAUUGCCACACUGCGACAGCAGCUUAGCCUGUCCGAGCACGAGCUGGAGCGGAGGGAACAGGAAGUGAUUGCAAUUCAGAAAUUUCUGGAAGCGGCAGCACAACAUGAGAUAUGUGGAAAAGUCCGUUUGCGUCGGUUUAUCGAAGGCCUGCUACGUCGCAUUGCUCUUGCUGAAAGGCUGCUGGAAUAUUACCAGAACAAUCCCCAUCAGAACUACUGCACAGCUCACUCGGUAUCUGCUCUGACCGAGACAGGUCAUCUAAAAAUCAAGAAAAGCAGGUCUACAGUAGCACAGCCUGACCACGAUGAGGAGCUGCUACAUGGGCAUCGUGCCUCUGGGGAGAGACGAGAACAUCACAGCUGGCUUCAGGGUGGAAGGUCAGAUGGUUAUGAGGUUUAG